AUGGACGAUAAUUUGGCGGAUUACCGGCGAUUCUGUGCUAAUCGUUUAAAGCGAUUGGAACGCUGUAAAAAAACGAAAAGUUUUUGCAAUUUGGACGACGAAGUUCCUUACCCAUUUGCCAGCUCCGGUUUUGAUUUUAUGCUAAGGGAAUCGGAAAUUUCUGCGUCUCACGGUGGUAACAUAACGUUUUCUAGAUGCUCUGAAAAUACUGUCCUUUCUUCUGUCAAAUCAGAGACAAUCCCCUUUUGUUUAGGAACAAACACGUUUUGUUCUGAGUCAAAGACUGCUCCUAUGACAAAUUCCCCUCGUUUCGGGUCUAAGGGAGCUUUUUCCAUCAAUGUUACCUCCUCCACAACUGAAGCAAAUCCAACAAAACAUUUAUCAGUUGCUGAUUCAUACCGGAAAGGCACACCGGUAACACCUAACUUUGUGCAGACUGAUAACAGCAAUAACAAUAAUGGUUAUUUGCCUCCACCUGCAUGCUUAUCACCAUACUCCUCCUUAACUAUUACCUUGUCAACUGUAUCAUCACAAUCCUCAAUAUUGUCAACAAAGAAGCCUGAAUCAGUGACAAAGACCACGAUAACAAGCGUUAAUAAUAGCGCUGAUUGUAAUGAUUCUAAUCGAAGAGCACAAAGGAAUUUCGAUCUUUUGCGCGAAAAAAUGAUCUCGCUGAUGGAAAAUGACGUCCGAUUGCUGCAACAGUUAUUAGCACUUGGAGAUUCCAUCCAGGAAUUGAAAUCCAAAAGUCAAGCUCAUCACUGUAGCCAAUUAUCCCUGAAUUCGUUAGAGGAGGAAAUUGAUGACGAUGAGGAGUGGUGGUCCGAUAAUAAGACGAAAACAUUCAAUAAGUCAAUAUCAGCAGUUACUAAUUUGUAUGUGGAUGAUGAGCCGAAGGAAAAUCAAAACAAGCAGUACUUUUCUCGCAAGAAUUCUGUCCUUCGCAUACCAAUUCCGCCAAGAAGUUGUAAUCGAAUGUCAACAAAUGAAAAAUUGCAUCGUCGAUUGUCACAAUUGUCACAACGUUGCCAGCAGUUACAUCAUCAAGAGCAGCGGCAGCAUCAGCAGGAAUUAGUCAAGGAAAAUUCAUCGCAGACUGAUGGUAAUAUCAUUUCAACAAGAGAUUUAUUACCGCUCAUUGCUGUGACGUGUCCUUCUUCAUGCCAAACUCAAUCAAUUCCACUACAUGUCCCAUCAGCAACAAUAAAACAAACAUUUGACACCACAGAUACUCGCAUAUCUAAUGGUAGCAUCGAUAGCGGUAUUCGAGAUGGAAGUUGUAGCAGUUCUUCUGCUGGUAGUUUAAGUCCAUUCUUAAAAAAUGAGAAAUGUUAA